GCGGAGGGAAGCCCGACUUCCAAACAGCACCUGGAGUUCCUGGAGGUACGAGGGCCAGAGCUGGGAAGAUUGGACGAAUGAUAGCAGAGAAAUUAUUGGACAUCCAGAGUGUNGACUUCUGCACCAUCCACAGCACAGGUUACCUAAAAAACUGGUCCCCCACUGUGGAGGAUCUGGACGAAAACGACGAGCCGGACAACGACGGAUGUAGCUCAAGCUGCCUGGUGGCUGUUGGUCGGUUACAUCAGCACGCUGUCCUGCAGCCGCUGCAGCAGAUUCCCGUCAAGAUCAAGCCCAUGGAGUUUGUGUCACGCCACGCUAUUGACGGGAAGUUUGUCUUCGUUGAUCAAAGGGUCACUGCCAUCUUGGCGUAUCUUCCUCACGAGCUGCUGGGAACAUCGCUCUACGAACACUGCCAUGUAGACGAUAUCGCUCAUUUAGCUGAAUGUCACAGGCAAGGUAUGCAUCUCAGCAACAUCUCGAUCAUUGCACACAUCUUCAAGGAUUCCUCAAAGACACGGACUGCCGUCUCUGUGCACAGAUAA